AUGAGCGCACCCACCACACCGCCCAAACCCCGUCCAGGCGCCCUCAAGCCCGGCGCGGCCUCGCCAGCUCGUCCUUCAACCCCCGGCUCGCGCAAGCCGACAGCGGCAGCCACCGCCAGCCCGCAGAUCCGCGCCGCCCUCGCCGCCCUUCGCCAGAAGCGCCAACCUUCAGCCGACUCGGUCGCGUCGCCCAGCCUCGCUCCCGCUCCCAACCAGGUCACGACCCCGGCUCGUUCAUCGACCUCGACUCGGCGUGAGACUGGUGCGCGCGAGGUCGACCUGUCGCGAGAUGCGCCCGUCGGCGACGGCGACGAGCAGCAGCCUGGCGCGCACGGCGUCAUCCUCGAGUGGAAUGUCAAGGGCGAGGACAAGCUCGUCGAGGCUGCUCGCACGACUGGUCGCCUCAACCUUGCCUCUCGCGGCCUCUCGUCGGUCCCGCCGACCGUCUACUCGGCGCUCCUGCCCCGCUCGUCCCUGUACCACCCGUCGAACCGCAACCCGUCACACUACCGGCAGGGCCCGCAGCCCGACCUGAGCAUGGCGGCCGCGGCAGAGGGAGACGAGCGCACGGCGGCGUGGUACGAGCAGCAGGACCUGUGCGCGUUCAACCUCGCCAACAACGAGAUCGAGUCGGUCGGUGACGAGCUCGGCGGGUUCGAGGAACUCGAGGUGCUCGAUCUGCACAACAACCUCCUGUCGACCAUCCCAGCCUCGGUCGGCUACCUCGUCAACCUCACGUCCCUCUCGCUCGCCCACAACCGCCUAGCCGCCUUCCCGCUCCAGGUCCUAAAUCUCAAGCACCUGCGCGACCUGUCGCUCGCCAACAACCACAUCUCGCACCUGUGGGCCGCCGACUGGCGCCCCCAGCUCGACGCCGUCCUCGAGCCGCCCGAGAAGAGCCCGAGCGCGACGCCCGAGUCCAACAGCGGGCGCGAGGCGCCGAGCUUCUGGGACUCGUUCCCCUCGUCGCCCGUCAAGCGCUCGGCCGCCGCGGCCGCGCAGGGCGCGCCGAGCACGACGGCACCGUUCCCGGUCCUCGCCACCCUGUCGCUCGCCGGCAACCCGCUCGCGCACGACGCGCUCACCGCGCCCGGGUUCGAGCUCCCGCCGCGCCUCGUGUCGCUCGACCUGUCGGCGUGCGGCUUGACGGACCGCGCGGUCCCGCCGCUCGUCGUCGGUGCCCUGUCGGCGCUCAAGGAGCUCGACCUGUCGGCCAACGACCUGAGCGAUGACCUCUUCUCGGCGACCCUCUUCCCGCCGACCGCCUCGCCCGAGCCGCCGAGGCUCUUCCCCUUCCUCGACACCCUCACCCUGUCCCUCAACCUUCUCGACUCGCUCGACUCGCUCGAGGCGUUCCUGUGCCGCCACGUGCGCCGCCCGACAACCUACACCGGCCUCGCCCACGUCCUCGACAACCUCGUCCGCAACGACGAGCGCCGCACGGGCCGCCGCAUCGGCGUCCCGACGCCCGCUCGGCCCGAGGAGGGGGCAGACGCCGCCGCCGAGGGCAAGGAGCUGCGCGUGCUCGUGCGCGAGUGCCCGCUGCGCCUCGAGCAGGCGAGGAGGCGCGCGCGCUUCCCCGCGUCGGCGACGAGCGCGGCGCGCGUGGCGGCCGCAGCUGCGUCGGCGGCGGCGCCGUCUCCUCGCUCGGACAAGCACGCGCUCGCGUCGAGCAGGACGAGGACCGCGAGCCCGAGCGCGCCGCCGUCGCCGUCGCCGGCCGGGGCCGGGACCGCCGCCGCCGCCGCCGCCGCGUCGCCGUCGAGCACGCCCGCGCGCCGCCGGCCCGUCGUGCUCGAGGACUGGGAGGUCGAAGCCGCUGCGGGGCUCGCGACGCCCGGUGCGCGGCGCCGGGCCGCCGCGCUCAAGGUGCAGGCCGAGCGCGAGGAGCGCGAGCGCAUGGCGAGGGAGGCGGACGAAGAGCUGAGGAGGAAGAAGGAGGCGGCUGAGGAGCGCGAGCGGGCGAGGGAGAGGGAGGGAGAGCUCGCCAAGAGGCUUGAGGCGGUCGAGCUGAGUGGGAGGGACGAGAAGCGGGCGGCGGUGCCGGCGGGAGGAGGGGAGGAGGAGGCGGGUGCGACGAGCGACGAGCCGUCCGAUCAGGGCUCGCCGCCGCCCUACUCGCCUCGCUCGCCAGCGACGGCAGUCGCCACGCCCGCACCGGCACCCGCACCAGCACCUGUGCCGCAGCACGCCGCGCCGGCCCCCUCGCCCAGCCGCGAGGCCGACUCGACCGAUCCCGCCGUCGAGCUCGUCGCGCCCGCCUUUUCUCGCGGGCAGACCAAGUCGACCGUCGUCCUCUCCGGCCGUUCUCUGUCGUCCUUCGCCGCGCCGACCACCGGCGCACCACCCGCCGCCCUCACCUCGCCCUCGCACGCCGACCUGUCGCGCAACCUCCUGCCGUCCCUCCCCCUCGCGGCGCUCGCCGCCUGGGGCUGGAGUACCCCGCUACGCGCCCUCAACCUCGCCAACAACCGCAUUGCCGCCCUCGAAGUCCUCGGCGCUGGAUCGGCGGGCGCGGCGCCGCUCUUUCCCUCGCUCGACUCGCUCGACCUGUCGAGCAACUUCCUCCCCUCCAGCGUCGCCUCGCCGUUCCCCUCUUCCUCUCCCUCGUCCCUCCCUCCCGGCGUCGUCGUCGACGAGGCGGGCAACAUCCCGCUCCUCGCCGCGCUCGCCGCGCUCGCGCCUUCCCUCUCGACCCUCUCCCUGCGCGGCAACCGCCUCACGUCCCUCUCGGGCAUCGGCGCGCUCCUCGCCCCGAGCAGCGUCGUCUCCGGCUCGACGGCGCGAGGCGUGCGCCGCCUCGACCUCGCCGAGUGCCGCAUCCGGACCGUCGACGACUUGUGCGCCGUCGCAGAGCGGUACGGCGCCGACGAGGGCGGGGCGAGGGCGAGCUGGCGGUGCGACGAGCUCGACUUGUCGAUGAACGACAUCGCUAUGCUCCCGCCCAAGCUCGGCCUCCUUCCACCCGCACUCGUGUUGCACCUCGUCGGCAACACGUUCCGGCUGCCGCGGCGCGACGUGUACGAGAACGCGGGCGAGCGGCUCGUCAUUCCCUGGCUCAAGGAGCGGCUCUGAGGGAGGGUUCGCGAGGCUCGUGGGAGGAGGGCUGUAGCGUGAGACGUGUUGUGCUGCAUCUGUUCCAUCAGUCUUUGCUCUC